AUGUUGUUUAAAAUGUGUAUGGGUGCUAGUGCUUGUAAUGCAAAGCAUUUGAUCUUGGUUUUACUUGUUUGGAGCAGUGUUUGUGCUUUGAUGAGUGGUAUUUCUCAUGGGGAAAAUAUAGAUGGCAGUAGUUUUUCUGAUCCUAGUCAUUGGAGUCAUGGUGGUGACAGUGAUGAUGAUUAUUGUUUAUAUAGAAGUUGGAGGGGAUGUGGGAGUUUCUAUGGGAGAGGUGGUAGACAUUCUAAAAGUGAGGAUGAUGCUGGAGGUAGUGGUGGGGGUUCAGGACAUGGUGAGGGUUAUGGUGCAGGUGAAGGAAACAAUGGGGAUGGUGAAAUAGGUGGUGGAGGAGGGGGAGGGGGAGGAGGAGGAGGUGGUGGUGGAAAUGGUGCGGGGUAUGGUAAUGGUUUUGGUGUUGGAGCAGGGUUUGGAAAUGUUGGAAAAGGAGGUGGUGGUGGAGGAGGAGGUGGUUUUGGUAAUGGUAUAGGUAGUGGAGGGGUAGGUCGAGGUAGUGGUUUUGGAAUGGGCGGGGGUAAUGGAGGAGGAGGAGGUGGAGGAGGAGGCGGAGGAGGCGGCCAAGGUCAGGGGAGUGGUUUUGGAGCAGGUGGAGGAAUGGGUGGCUUAGAAGGAGGUGAAGGAGGAGGAGGCGGUGGUGGUGGUGGUGGAGGAUCAAGUAAUGGAGAAGGAGGAGGACAUGGUCAUGGCAGUGGUUUUGGUAUGGGUGUAGGUGCAGGAACAGUUGGCAUGGGAGGGGGAGGUGGUGGAGGCUGGGGUGAAGGAGGUGGCAAUGGAGGUCUAGGAUAUGGUAGUGGUUUUGGCGCAGGUGUCGGUGGUAUGGGAGAAGGAAAGGGUGGUGGAGGUGGAGAAGGUAUCAGUGGAGGAGAAGGUGAAGGUCAUGGAAGCGGUUUUGGAGGAGGUACAGGAGGAGGAGGAGGCGGCGGUGGAGGAGGUGGUGGUGGUGGAGGGUAUGGCCAUGGUAAUGGCUUUGGUGCUGGAAUGGAUAGAAGUGGAGGUGAUACCACUCAAAGGAAGGGAAAUAAUCAUGGUGGUAACAAUGGCAUGGGCAUGGGUUUUGGCAUGGGCAUGGGUUUUGGUUUUGGAAUGGGGAGCAAUGGAGUAGGUGUAACUUCUCAUGUUGAUCCCAACGAUCCUUAG